AUGCUACCCAAUUACCAGAAGACAUCUAUACUAUAGAUGCUCUUAAUUUCACCAAUCGCCUAUUUCGAUUCAUUGAAGAUUUUGCUCUCUUCAAUUUACCAAUUCAGUUCUUAUUCUUUGAUCUUUUAUUAGAGGCAAUCAUUUUUAUUUGACAUUUGGAUAGGCAUCAAGUUAUCCUAGCUUUUCAAUUUGGAACAUCAAAUGUUAAAAAUUGCUAAGUUUAGUGGCCAAAGCCUUUGCCUAAAGGUGCUAACCUCAAAAUGA